UUCAGUCGUCAACAAGUUUUCUAUUUACAACUAUUCGAAAUGGCUCCAGGAGGAAAAUCGGCGGGCAAAGCAAUGAAGAAGUCGUCCGGCAAGGCACAAAAGAACAUCGCCAAGUCCGACAAGAAGCGCAAGCCCAAGAGGAAAGAAUCGUACGCAAUCUACAUCUACAAAGUGUUGAAACAAGUACAUCCCGACACCGGAGUCUCGUCCAAAGCCAUGAGCAUCAUGAACAGCUUCGUCAACGACCUGUUCGAGCGCAUCGCCGCCGAAUCCAGUCGUCUGGCCCACUACAACAAACGUUCGACCAUUACCAGCCGGGAAAUCCAAACUGCCGUCCGACUCUUGUUGCCCGGUGAAUUGGCCAAGCACGCCGUCAGUGAAGGAACCAAGGCUGUGACCAAGUACACCAGCUCCAAAUAAGUCUCCCGUUUUGUGAAAUAUCAUUACUCAACUAAAACGGCCCUUUUCAGGGCCACCAAUCGCUAUAAAAUUUCUGUUCUCUAACAACCAUUAUUUUUGAACUAAAACUAUCGCACGUAGAAUAUUUUGAACAUUUGCAGUGUGUACAGAGCGGGGAGCACUGCGUGAUUAUCGGGAUAAUUAAAAAAGAAAACAACGAAAAAAAAAUGCCGUCCGGUUACGUGAGAAAUUUACUAAAACAUCGAGUUCUUCUUUGAUAGAAUGAUAUAAUAUCGUGUGUAUUAUUAUAAAUGCGAUGGAUAUUAAUAGACGUUGUGCGGGUUUUACCGUCGAAAACACGAGAUUCGGCAAAAACAUGCUAAAAAUAACCAAUCUUAUGGGCACGGCAAAUUUCAUUAUUAUUAUUUAACUGUCGGUCGAUCCGUGGUAAUGAAAAAAUUAACGUUAAUAUAUAUUUGAGCGACUGUGAGUAAUAGCUAUACCUAACCAGACUGUAAUGUCAACAUGGGUCUUUCGGGUUUUUAAUUAGGUACAAUCGGUAUCUUACGUAAUUGAAGCCAUAUAAACACCGAGAAUCCUGGAUAAUUAUUGUUUAUUUAUCGACUAUCAGUAAUAAAAAUAUAUUUAUAACAAUGUCAAUGUUUACUCGGUAAAUGGCGUACCUAUUCAUCAAACUUCCCCAGAACGCGGGACAAAAGUAUCUAUAAAUAAACAGACGAUAAUCGGCUGCUAGUGUCGUGUAUAAUUAUAAUGUAUGUUUUAUACGUCGUGGUCUCGUGGAUAUUGUUGCACUGUUGAAUUAUUCGAUUCCCGACAGUUAUCCAAAUUAAAUAAUAUAGUCCAUCCAAAUAACAAAAAUGACCAUCCGCCAAAUUCUGGUUCAAGUGCCACGGUUGUACCAAAAGUACGACAACGGCAUUGUAAUAUUUUUAACAUUAAAAAAAGGGUUUUUUUUAAUUUUUAUUAUAACAUUAUCAUAAUAUCCCAGGUGGCAAGAUGACAUUUUAUUUUAUUUAUGAUAAAAAAAUUAUAUUUUUAUUUAUAUUUUCCACACAUCUUACAAUAUUAUUAUUAAAAUAUUUUUACUCUUUUUGAGCUAUUUAUAGGUACAAGUAAAUUUCGAAUUUUAUUAGAUUUUUUUUUUAACCUCAAAACCUAUAGAUAAUAGGUGUAGCUAAAUAACACAAAAUUACAACGUGCAAAAUUUACAAUUUCACAAAACGUAUCAUUGAAAUAUGUAGUAAUAUUUUACUGGUGACAUAUACAUUGGUGACACUGAUAAGGGCUCAAGAAAAAUUGGUUGUUAUUGAAUAAUAAACUCGAAUGAAAUUUUA